UAAGUAAUCUGUACUCUGUAGUCAAAAUUGUCAUUUCACAAAUUCAUAUUUUUAAGAUUCUUUUUGUGGAGUUAGGUCGUUUGUUUAUUAAUUAUUUUAUAUAAAUAAAAACUGAAUAUACCUUUUAUAUUAUAAAUUAAAAAUGGGUGUCGACAUUUUGAGUUUCGCUUAUGCCGCUACUGUAGCCGCGGGUGGUAUUAUGGGAUAUGCUAAAGCAGGCUCAAUACCAUCACUUAGUGCUGGUAUUAUUUUUGGAUCUAUUUUAGGUGUUGGAGCAUAUCAACUUAGCCAGGAUCCAUCAAAUUACACCCUUAUGCUUGGAACCACAACAACUCUUGGAGGUCUCAUGGGCUACAGAUAUUAUAACAGCAAAAAGUUUAUGCCAGCAGGUCUAAUAUUCGCAUUGUCGGUCGGAAUGCUAGCGAAGUUAAUAGUCAAAAAUGUUAGUGCAAGUCCUAUGUCAGUAAAGUCUAAUUAACUUAGUGCUCAAGUGAAAGUGUUUAUUAUUAAUAGAUGACAGUUCUGUUUUUUUCAUACACCUACCAUACAAAUAGAAAAAAUGUACCUAUUAAAAACUUAAUGUUUUAAAAAAUUUUCAUGUUUUAAGCAUUUCAAGGAAUAUAUAUGUACGGGUUAUUAGAAAUACUCUUUAUUAAUUGUGUUAUUGCAAUUUGUUAACAUGAUUUUGUUAAUAUGUCUGUUUAUAUUCUGUGUAUGUUUUGUAUAAGAAGGUCUAACUUCUUUGUAUAAAAUUUAGUUUAAAACAUCAAAUUAUCAAUCAUUAAAUAUUUAUUUUAAUCCUAGUGUUCUGUUUUUUGAUUUAGGAAAUGAUGUGUAACUAUGGUGUUGGAGAUUGCUUUAUUUAUGUUAUAUUUAAAUGUGGGAAAAUAAAACGAUAAAAAUUAUA